UAUCAAUUUCCGGAGGGCGCUGGUAACGUUACACGUGUUUAAGAGACAAGUUUGUAACGAAAUGGAAGUUGCUGCUUCGACCACAGAAAAAAUAGAGGAGGAAGAGGGAGAAAAAGAAAUGACAAACUACAAAGUAACUGUUAAGAAAAAGAAAAAGAAGAAGUCGAAAAAGUGUAAUAAACCCGAUAAGGUGCAGUCUACGGAGAAGCUACUGAAACAGGCACAGCUUCACAUUGACAGGUUUGAGUAUGAAGAGGCUGCAAGAUGCCUGAAGAAGAUACUGUGCUGCGAACCGAACAACCUUGAGGCACUGGAUUCAUUGGCGGGACUAUUCAUCGAAACCAGAGAUUUUGACCAAGCACACAACCUCUUACUGAAAAUCAUUGAACUGCGUCCGGAUGGUGGGUACGGCUCGUAUUUUACGCUAGCACAAAUUUCUGAAGGAGAAGAGUCCUUACAUUAUUAUAAAAGGGGAAUUCAAAUUCUAGAAAGACUGUUAUGUGAUGAAGGCCAAUCAACAGAGGUUAAAAACCACGAAAGUUUAAGGAAGGAUCUUACAGAAGCAUAUUGUUCAAUAGCUGAAAUUUACAUGACAGACCUCUGUGAUGAUGAUAACGCGGAAGAACAGUGUAGAUUUCACAUAAACAAAAGUUUGGAAUGUGGCCCUGAGUUUCCCGAAGGUCACCAAUGUCUGGCGAGUUUCUUGUUAAUACUGCAGAAGAAAGAGGAGUCCAAGGAAGCCGUAACGAAAAGCUUAUCAUUUUGGUUGCCUCGAUACCGAGCAGCAAGAGAAGGACAAACUGAGAAUUCUGACGAUGAACCCUUUUUAGUGAAUUAUGAUUUUAGGAUAAACACGUGCAAAAUAUUAAUUGAACUAGAGAUGUAUGAUGAGGCAUCCGAAAUUUUGGAUGGCUUAAUAGAGGAGAAUGAUUCUGUCCUGGAAACGUGGUAUCUGCUGGGUCUGUUGAAUUAUAGCAGAGGGGAAGCUUACUGGGAAAAUGCUCGUUAUUAUUUUAAGAAAGCCCUAAAGCUCAAAGAAAUUGGAGUUCCACAUGACCCUGAACAGAUUAGCCAGGUGGAGUCAUGUUUAACCGAAAUGGGUCCGGGAAGCGAUGGAGAGGAAGAUGAGAAUGAAGAAAAUGAAGCGGUCGAUGACAAUGUGGACUUUCCUUCGGAUUUGGAGGAAGAAAUGGAAAGUUAGCCUUAUUUGCAUAUUUUGUUUGUAAAUAAUAAUAAAAACUACUUGAUGUGUAUAGCAAAUAAAAGCCAAUAAUAAAUGUACAUGUUUGCUAUGUCUUGUAAUUUUGUCCAGAUUAAGAGAGGGUAUUUAAAAUUGUCAGUACACAUAUUGUGCAAUCACUUGAAUCCUAAUUGCUGAAAGAGAUUUUAUUCAAAGAUAAUACUAGCCUGUUUUCUUUUUUUCCAUCUUCCAGUUCAGGCAUGAUUUUUCAGAGGUAAAAAUUUAUGGGUGAUUGAGUCCCCCAGUCCAGCUAUUGCAAAUGUCAGAUUAUUGUCUUGAUGCAACAAAACUGACAUUCAGCAAACUAAUGAUGGAUGGAUUUUGGCAAUCCUUGCAGCUGGUUUAUCGAGCGCAUCACAAUAGCCAUUACCAUUGGCUGUUUUGCCGUGGCAUAAACGAUACCUUGGCAAUCCCACCAUAUGAUGCUCGAAGCUUGUUUAGCUUUGGUGAGUGAUGGGGUUGUCGGUGUGAGGUGGCUUUGUAAAUUCUCUGUCCAAGAAGUUAGAGAAUUUACUAAGGCACCAAGGGGAAAAAUUGGCCAUUUUUCCCAAUUUAUGGACAUGCAUACACUAUAAGGGAGAAACCUCCUGCACUCCAUUUAUUAAUAGAAAUGGGCACAAAAAUUCUUUAAAAAAAGGGUGAGGACAAUUUACAUGCAAUUUUAUCCUAGAGAAGUUAAGAAAGAAUUAUAUAGGAGAGAGUCUUGUACCUAUCGACACCUCAAUAUUAUUUUAAUUUGUUGUAGUAAAACCGUUACUUGUAGCGACAUUUCUUGAUGAAUUUGAUAACUAACAUAAACUUGAAAAAGUCAGCCAUUUUGAUUUGUUCGUCAAGAGUGCAACACUCAUUAUAUUUUUUCUGCAAAAGUAGUUUUUAAAAUCUGAUUUAAUCAUCUGUUUCAUUUGAUUUUUUGCAAGGUGAGUGAUCAAUAUUUGAUGUUUUAAUGAAAUAUUACUUUGUACUUACAAUAUUUGAAAGAUUUUUAUAGAUCCGUUUUUUUAUGACUCUCAACCUUUUCAACAUUAAGUCAGAAUUUGUACCUACGGACUGUCCUUAGGUACAUGUCUUUCACAUUUACUUUGAUCAUCAUGCAUAAAUAUUGUUUUCAGAUACCGUGAAGUAAAACAAAUAUAAAAAGACCCAAUCCCAAAGAAGAAUCGGGCGUGGCUGCAGCAAAUCUGGUUUUUAGUGGAAAACUAUUGGAAGACUGGAUACAAUGUAAAGUUUGUAAGUUAUGAUGUCAUAAAAAUUGCACUGCAUAUGAAGACUGUUACUCAAAAUGUGACCCAAAAGUUAUUAAUAAACAUUUUUAUUAAUAAUUGCUUUGUUUCAUUUCUAUGUGUAUCUGUUCUCUAUGUCCUUAGGGCUGUCCCUAGGUACAGGCAACUUUUGUACCUACGGACAAGUGACAAUUUUUUUAUUUUAUCCAUUAUUUUAUUAAAUGGCAAAAGGUAUUGCAUAAAUCAUUUUACUAUAUGAAAGACAUAUAAAGUGUUUAUGAAAUACCUUUGAACAAUCGAGAUUAAAGAAGUAUUUCCAUAUUUUAUAGUCGUUAAAAUUUUCAUGUCCAUAGGUACAAGACCCUAUAACCUUACAGCACCAUCUAUUACCAAGAAUUAAUGGUGGUGAGCUGUCUAAUUUGUGGACAUGAUACUGAGAAAACACUUUACAGCAAAAGAAAGUAUUUAUUCAAAAUGAAAAUUCCACUUGAUCUGCCACCAAAACACAAGUGCAUGUACUGCCUUCACACUUGAUUCACACAAAAGAUUCUGAAUCCUAACUCAAUCUUUGGUACCAUAAUCUAUAGACCUAAGCAAUUUGACUUGUUCAGAGGAUCUCAGCAUUAAAAAGGUAUUAUUACAAAGAAAAUCUUGUAUCUUUCAAAAGAUUUUUCUUAAAUCACUGCCAUGAAUAAUAAUAUUAAACUGAUGGGUAGGAAUAAGUACACUAAUAACCUAGUGUACUUAUAAGU